GUCCUUGGCACAGAGGGUUAUGGAAUCUCUGGGCGCAGGGGAUCGCCAAGCCCACCCUAGUAGGGGAGAGGGCCCAGGCCAGAGCCUUGAGGGAUAGCCGAGGGCAGUGAGCAUGGCCUGGAGGAGAUAGCACAGGGGAUGGAGCAGGAGCGGUCAGAGAGGUAGGAGGAGAACCGGGAGCAGCAGGCUGUCCGGAGAGUGACCAGGUGUCUGAGGCUGAGGUGGAGGAGAGCCAGGCCGCUGGGCAAUCACUGGGGACUUUGGGGUGGCCGGGCCGUAGGGACACGACGAUUGGGCCAUCCCGGGGCCCUGUGGUGGCCAAGAGCUCCGCUGGGGGAACCUGACCAGGCCAAGAGCUCGGGGUGUCCGGCUCCCCGAGCAGCCUUUCCCCUUUGGGUCCAUGAGGGCUGGGUAAGUCGGGCGGCUCCCAGGGGAUGCUGCAGGCUUUGGGGACUUCGUUUCAGAGAAGGCCACCGAGGCCUCCCCAUUUUACAGACGAGGAAACUGAGGCCCCAGGUUGAGGCCGGGCUCCUGGGUCCGCAGUCAUGGCGGGGCGAGUCAUGUGCUGCGCCCGUUCCCAGGGCUCUCCGUGUCCCACAUCCAGGAGCUCAGGCGUGGGGGUGGGAGAGAUAGGCAGCCUGCAAGGAGGCUCCCAGCUGUCAAGUGGGAGGGAGCACAUGGGCGGAAGCCGGGAGCCGGGCAGCCAGGGAGCGAGCGGCUCUGAGCGUGCGUCUGGGAGGGAGCUGGCCGCCAUGGACACCCUGGUGCUGCAGGACCACCUGGUGGAACAGCUGCUGUCCCCUCGGACCCAGGCCCAGAGGAGGCUGCCCAAGCUGAAGGACCACGACAAGCAGUAUGUGGGCUUUGCCACGCUCCCCAACCAGGUCCACCGCAAGUCGGUCAAGAAGGGCUUCGACUUCACGCUCAUGGUUGCCGGAGAGUCGGGCCUGGGGAAGUCGACGCUGGUGAACAGCCUGUUCCUGACAGACCUCUACAAGGACCGCAAGCUCCUCAAUGCCGAGGAGAGAAUCAACCAGACGGUGGAGAUCCUGAAGCACACGGUGGACAUCGAGGAGAAAGGAGUGAAGCUAAAACUCACCAUUGUGGACACUCCGGGCUUCGGGGAUGCUGUGAACAACACCCAGUGCUGGAAGCCCAUCACAGACUAUGUGGACCAGCAGUUUGAGCAAUACUUCCGCGACGAGAGUGGCCUCAACCGCAAGAACAUCCAGGACAACCGGGUUCACUGCUGCCUUUACUUCAUCUCCCCCUUUGGGCAUGGGUUGCGGCCGGUGGAUGUGGAGUUCAUGAGGGCCCUUCAUGAAAAAGUGAACAUCGUCCCCCUGAUCGCCAAAGCCGACUGCCUGGUCCCCGGAGAGAUCCGCAAGCUGAAGGAGCGGAUCCGGGAGGAGAUCGACAAGUUUGGGAUCAAGGUGUACCAGUUCCCGGAAUGCGACUCGGACGAGGACGAGGACUUCAAGCAGCAGGACCGAGAGCUGAAGGAGAGCGCCCCCUUUGCCGUCAUAGGCAGUAACACCGUGGUGGAGGCCAAGGGCCAGCGGGUCCGGGGGAGGCUCUAUCCCUGGGGCAUCGUCGAAGUGGAGAACCAGGCCCACUGCGACUUCGUGAAGCUGCGCAACAUGCUCAUCCGCACCCACAUGCACGACCUGAAGGACGUCACGUGCGACGUGCACUACGAGAACUACCGGGCCCACUGCAUCCAGCAGAUGACCAGCAAACUGACCCAGGACAGCCGCAUGGAGAGCCCCAUCCCCAUCCUGCCGGUGCCCACGCCGGACACGGAGACCGAGAAGCUCAUCAAGAUGAAGGACGAGGAGCUGAGGCGGAUGCAGGAGAUGCUGGAGAAGAUGAAGCAGCAGAUGCAGGAUCAGUGAGGCCGGCCUGGCCCGGGCCGCCUCCCCCCAUGGUUGGGGCUCCCAGAUGAGCCCCAAGGCCAGACCCUAAUUUAUUGUCGGCCAAGCCGGCCGAGCCCCCUCCCCCUCCCAAGGACCAAGACCCCCCCACUGGGCCCUUCUCCCCCUGCUGGGAAGGGGGGGCCGAGGUGCAGGCAGAUAAGGGCUACGUGGCCCCCCAAGGGCCAGCCUUGCCUCUGGGGGGGAGCCCCUGGGGGUCUUCAGCCCCUCCUCCCCAAUCCUGGGGUCAAGAAGGCAGGAGUUCAAAUGCUGCCUCUGAGACCCACUCACAGGGUGACCCUGGAGGUCGCCUCGCCUUGUUCUGCCUCAGUUUCCCUCACUGUAAAAUGGGGAUCCCAGCGGCCCUCCUUCCUGGGGUUGUGGGGAGGAUCCCAUGAGCCAAUUCUGAAGCUCUGCAGAGGGGGAAACGGAGGCAGAACAAGAGCUGCCGAGGGACUCGCUCAGAGUCCCGGAGGGGGUCACUAAGGAUCGGAACUCGGCUCCUCCUCCGCACCCAGAGGCUCCCUCCCGU